AAAUCAACUCCUGAUCCAACUGACCUAACUCCUGAUCGAGUUAAAUCAACUGCUGAUCCAGUUGACCCAACUGCUGAACCAAUUGAUUCAGCUGAUCCAACUGCUGACUCAACUGAUCUAACUGCUGAGUCGAUUGAUCCAACUACUGAUCUGACUGACCUAACUGCUGAUCCAGUCGAACCAACUGACCUAACUACUGACCCAAAUGAUCCAACUGACCCAACUGGUGAUCCAAAUGCUGAACCAAUCGAUCCAACUGCUGAUCCAACUCUUGAACCAAUUGAUGCAACUUCAAAUCCAAUUGAUCCAACUGCUGAACCAACUGACCCAAUUGUAGAACUGAUUGAUCCAACUGUUGAACAAACUCUCAAAAUUUCUGAACCAACUGCUGAACCUUCUGACCAAAAUGCUGAACCAGGUGAUCCAAUUAGUAAGUCAACUCAUCCAACUGUUGAUCCUACUGACCCAACUGUUAAACCAGUCGACUCAACUGCUGAACCAACUGACCUAACUGCUGAUACAAGCGUUGAACCAAUCGAUCCAACUGCUGAUCCAUCUGAUCUAACUCUUGAACCAGUUGACCCAACUGCUGAGGCACUUGAACAAACUGUUGAACUCACUGACCAAGCUGCUGAACAAACUGGACAAACUACUAAACCAACUGACAAAACUGUUGAACCAACUGGCCCAACUGCUAAAUCAAGUGACAUAAGUGCUGAACCAACUGAUCGAACUACUGAUCCGACUGACACAACUUCUGAAUCAACUGACCCAACUGUUGAACCAACUGAAAAAACUGUUAAAUCAACUGACCCAACUGCUAAACUCACUGACCAAGCUGCUGAACAAACUGGACAAAUUACUAAACCAACCGACAAAACUGUUGAACCAAUUGACCCAACUGCUAAAUCAAGUGACAUAAGUGCUGAACCAAGUGGCCCAAUGGCUAAAUCAACUGACCCAACUGUUGAACCAAUUGACCAAACUGCUGAACCAACUGACUCAACUAUUAAAUCAAUUGACCCAACUCCUGAACUAAUUCAUCCAACUGCUGUUCCCACCGACCCAACUGCUGAUCCAACUGACCCAACUGCUGACCCAGUUGAUCUAACUGACCCAACUGGUGAACCAAUUGACCCAACGGUUAAACCCACUGACCAAGCUGCUGAACUAACUGACCAAACUGUUAAACCAACUGACAAAUUUGCUGAACCUACUGACCCAACUGCUAAAUCUACUGACCUAACUGCUGAACCAGGUGAUCGAACUACUGAUCCGACUGACACAACUUCUGAAUCAACUGACCCAACUGUUGAACCAACUGACAAAACUGCUAAAUCAACCGACCAAACUGCUAAACCAAUUGAUCCAACUGCUGAUCUAACUCUUGAACCAGUUGACCCAACUGCUGAGGCACUUGACCAAACUGUUGAACUCAUUGACCAAGCUGCUGAACAAACUGGACAAACAACUA